CACAUACGAGCUUCAAACCAGGGCAACUUUUGUUUAUUGUCUAGCUUUGGCAAGGAGUCGGUUCUCGGGCUUGCGAUGGAAUAUGGACCCUGACCAUCAUGCGGCCAAGCCAGAAGGGUUCAACCUUGUUCUUCCCCUCCCAUACCGCGUUGCGGUGAUCUUGGUUGCCGGUGUCUGGGGAUGGGGUUUAAAUCUGCAUUAUUUAUCCGCAGUAAAGAUUGACGUACCCGCCUUAAUUCGCUAUCCCUCACGAUCUUCAGCUGGCAGCGUUCCCGUCUACAAGUCGACGUACCAUCUCGCUACCCUCCUUUCCAUCCCACUCGCUUUCUCCCUUCUUCUUUUCUGGUCCAUCACCCACCGUUCCCCCGAGCUGGUUCUCGCCUGGGAAGUCCUCCCGCAGUCCUACCUCUUCAUUUUCUCCAUCUUACUCUUUCUUCCACUUCAUCGCCUCUCGCGUGCCGGACGUCAUCGCUUGCUGGUAACCCUGAAACGGGUCGGUUUCGGCGGACUUGCAGAAGCGCAGGAUGGAAAAUUCGGUGACAUAAUUUUUGCUGACGUGUUAACGAGUUAUGCCAAAGUCCUCGGUGACCUAUUUGUCACCCAAUGCAUGUUCUUUUCCUCAGGGGUAUCGAGCACUGGUGUUCCCAAUCGUGCGUGUGGUGGGAACUUUGCCAUUCCGUUGCUCAUCUCGAUCCCGAGUAUUAUCCGUCUGCGACAAUGUUUAAUUGAAUAUUCACGCGUGCAGCGGCGUGGGAACAGAAAUGUCGAUGGUUGGGGAGGCCAACAUCUGGCUAACGCGUUGAAGUACUCCACUGCCUUCCCCGUCAUUAUCUUAGCCGCGCUGCAGCAGGGUUAUGAUCCAUCGAGGGUAGGCAUGAGCGAGGCUGGUUUGCAUAAACUAUGGGUCUUAUCCGCGCUAAUACAAUCAUCCUUCACAUUCUACUGGGACGUUGCUAAGGACUGGGACCUUUGCCUCUUCUCCGACAUCAUCACCCAAUUCCGACACAAUCCAUACCAUCACGUCAGCUCCGCCUCCGCCCUGUCCCAAACCCAUGAUUUCGAGCCAGGCCUCGAUCGCCCCUUUGGACUCCGCCGUCACCGCUUCUUCCACGCUGAUGGAAUCUACUAUGGAGCUAUCGCAAUCGAUUUUAUACUCCGCUUCACAUGGAUGUCCCGCCUAAGUAUCAGACUGAACUGGAUUCACGACUUGGAGAGCGGAGUCUUUGCUCUUAUGUUUCUAGAAGUAGCAAGACGAUGGAUGUGGAUUUUCCUGCGAGUCGAGACAGAGUGGGUCCGAAGUACUCGGGGUCCGUCACCGGAUGAUAUUCUCCUGGGAGAAUUUACGCCGAAAAUAGACGAAGAUUAAUCCCAAUACCAGAUUUUCUCUCUCUAUAUAUCAUUGAAUCAUUUCUCUUUACGCGCCCUAUUAGGGAAUUCCUCCUACGAUGGUAUAUCUUCCACAUAAUUCUAUGUAAACCAUCUAGACACCGCCUUCGUUUUUCCCCAAAACAUAAUAUUUUUUUAACACUUGAGUGUACAGAGUACA